AUGCGGUUCUUCCGCGGGGGUUGGCGCUCGCGGCCGCCAAUUGUGGGUUCAGACAGCACAGGGAAGACACGAACGCAUCUGUACAUCGUAGGCCGCGGCCUGCUGCUGACGCAUUUGUUUUAG